AUGCGUAAUGCGUAUACCCCACUGAAAUUCUUUGUGACCCUAUUGCUGAGCAAUUUUGAACCUUAUGCCAUUGUGAUUGGGGUUAGCAUUCUGCUAGCAGCCACCUUCGCAUCAUGUGCCCAAAUCGAGGACCCCUGCAAAACGAAAUCAAGAAUAGUGGCUGAUGACAAGUACUGUGAUAAAUACUGGGAGUGUGAGAAUGGACAGUCUGUCCAGUAUGACUGCCCUAACGGGCUGGUCUUCGCUGGCAAGCACCGAGGAGUGACGGAGGGAUGUGACUAUCCGUGGAGGUCCAACUACUGCGAGUAUCCUAAGGUUCAGAUCAAUCCUCCCAUCGGCUCGGAGCACUGCGACUGGCUGUACGGCAUCUUUGGACACGAGACCUCUUGCACCAGGUACUGGACCUGCUGGAACGGAACUGCGACGGAACAGCUCUGCAUUGGAGCUCUCUGCAAUGACGACCCCAACGGAAACGUGCCCCUAGGCAAGUCGUGCAACCGCUACUGGCAGUGCCAAGGAGGAUACCCUCGUCUGCAGAGGUGUCCCGCUAUGUUGGUCUUCGACAGACGGUCCCUGAGGGUCAACAGCACAAGAGACCAAACGGAGAGUACCAGGAGCAGAACCGCUCCAGACAACAACCUAGAAAUUAAGUCACCGCCCUCUAGAACCUUCUAGAUAACCUUUCUCAUUCCCAACUCUCCCUCUUUCACCUCGAAAGUCUUUCCCACCAUCUCCUUCUCCAUUAGAAGUAAUUUAUACUUCAUUGUUUUUGUAAUUAGUCAUGUAAUUAAUUUAGAAACUAGGUUUAAGAUUAAAAUACUGCCUUGAAACUAAUGUAAUACUCAGGAAGAAAUUCCAGUGACGUCUUCAAAUCGGAUUACAUUGUCGUGGCUUUCGAUCUAUUUUAAUAUAAUAGAUAUGACAAUGGAUAUCUUCCAGCAUUUUAUAAAUUUAAGCACUUAUUUCCUCAGCAACAAUUUAUUAUAUUAAUCGCAUAUUUGUCUAUUCUUUCUUUAGCACAGAUGAUUAUCUGUUUGAGGGACUGAAGAAGAAUGCACCAACACGUAUUCCGUUUUAUUUUCUGUGUAAUCAUAAUGUAUGUAUUUUAAAAAUGUAUCGAAUAAAUCGAUUACUAUCAUCGACAUCAUAACCAAACUAUUCUAUUUUUAUUGUUAAGUUUCGAGCCACGAUGGUCGAACCCGACUGUAUUAAAUUCUUAUUCUUAGUCAAUAUUUAUACUCGUAAGUUCAUAUUGUUCUUAAUAAUAGUCAAUAAAAAUAUUAUUUACUUAU